GGCCCUGUGUCAACAGCAGAGGAAGAAGAAGAGACGUAGAGGAAGAAACCAGAAAGUAACUCUGCUGCAGACAUGGACCUGCGGUCUGAGCUGCUCAAAUCCAUCUGGUAUGGUUUCACAGCCCUGGAUCUAGAGAAGAGCGGUAAGGUGUCCAAGUCUCAGUUGAAGGUGCUGUCCCACAACCUGUGCACUGUCUUGUGUAUCCCACAUGACCCAGUUGCUUUGGAGGAGCACUUCAGGGACGAUGAUGAUGGUCCAGUGUCCAGUCAGGGUUAUAUGCCUUACCUCAACAAAUACAUCCUGGAUAAGGUUAUUGAAGGCUCGUUUAUUAAGGAAAAUGUAGAUGAGCUCUGUUGGACGCUUACGGCAAAGAAAAACUACCAGACAGACAAAACCAGCAGCACCAUUCUGCCAGAGACGGAUGCUUUUCGUCUUUGGUGCCUUUUUAAUUUUCUCUCUGAAGACAAGUACCCUUUGGUUAUGGUCCCCGACGAGGUGGAGUACCUCCUCAAGAAGAUCUGCAUGGCAAUGAGUAUUGAGUUCAACUGUGUUGAAUUAGAGGACUUCUUCUCCCAAGAUGCAGUGCAGCAGAGCGGCAUUACUGUCUGGGUUUUUCUGGAGAUGAUGAACUCGGGAAAGAUAACCAGAGGAAUUGAUAAGAGUGUAGUCAGCAUGGCUAUAGAGGAGGUUUACAGAGAGAUUGUUGGUGAUGUCCUCAAAGAGGGUUAUUUGUGGAAGAAAGGCCAGCUGAGGAGAAACUGGAAAGAACGCUGGUUCACCUUAAGGCCGAGCAACUUGUCCUACUACACCGGGGAGGACCGCAAGGACUGCCAGGGCAACAUCGCUCUGGACGGGAACUGCUGUGUGGAGGAAGUAGACGAUCAAAUAUUGUUUGGUCGUUCAAAAUGGAUCAAAAACGCCUUUUUCCCUGUGCUACCAGACCGGGAUGGGAAGAGGUGCAUGUUUUGUCUGAAAACUCUCUCCAAGACUUAUGAGAUGAGCGCCUCGGAUACCAAACAGAGACAGGAGUGGACUACAGCCAUUCAAACAGCUAUCAGGCUGCACGUUGAAGGGAAAACGUCCCUCCAUAAAGAUUUGAAACUUAAGCGACGUGAACAGCGUGAGCAGAGGGAGAAGAGACGGCAGGAAAAGGAGGAGGAGCUGCAGAGGCUAAGGGCCCUGCAGGAGGAACGGGAGCGUAAGCUGGCAGAGCUGGAACUCCUGAAGGAGGCGCAAAAGCAGGCUCAGGCCCUCCUGGAGCAAGAUGAACAGAGGAGGCGUCAGCAGCAUGAGCAGCUCCAGCGGGCUCUGGAAGUCCAGCUGCAAGAGGCUGAGGAGGCUCGGGUCAGUAUGCAGGCAGAGAUGGCUCUGAAGGAGGAGGAGGCAGAGAAGCAGAGGAAGAGGAUCCAGGAGCUGGAGGAGAUGCAGAAGCGUUUGGAGGAGGCGCUGCAGCAGGAGAUCAAAGCAAGGCUGGAUGAGGAGGCCUUCCGCUACGCUCAGACAGGGUUACUUGCCGAGGAGGAGGAGAAGAUGAAGGCCCUGAUGAGCCUGCAGGAGGAACAGGAGGAGUACAUCCUGAAGACACAGAGGGAGAAACAGGAGCUCAAACAGGAAAUGGAGGCCAAGUCCCGUGCCUUGGAAGAGGCGCAGAGGCAGCUGGAGGAGGUGCGCGCCAACCGGCACAGGGUUGACCAGGAUGUAGUGGCUGCCCAGAGGAAACUUCGCCAGGCGAGCACCAACGUCAAACACUGGAACGUCCAGAUGAACAGACUAAUGCGACCAAUCGGACCAGGCGAGAAGAGACCGUCGUUGGGAAGCUCCUUCUCCAGCUUCCAGAUCCCGACACAGAGAGAUCCAGGUUUGCGUCUUAGAAGAUCAGGAUCAGAGGAGCAGGACGAGGAGAGCAAAGAAAACGUCAACAACAGAGCUGGGUGUGAUUUAGAGAAACGUCACUCCCAUGCCUCUAAUGGUGACAUGGACAUCCCCUAGAAAUAUGAAUCAGAGCGGCUGUGUGGGUCACUUCUUGUCAGUUUGUGAGGUUUUCUGACAGGAAGGUCAAGAGAUAAAAACAGUGGAAUAUUAAAACUGAAUUUACUACCAACAGUAAUACCAUUUCUGUUAACUGUUCAAUUUACUGACCUCAUUUCAAGGACCGAAAACAUUGUAAUGAGAAGAUGCAUUUGCAGAAUCAACUUGCUUCGACUGCAGCCUGUGUUCUGGACACGAACAAUACCUCAGUGCAAAGAAAAUGAGCAACAUCCUGGAAGUACAAAGUCAGUUGUGAAGUUCAAAGGCUAAUACUUAUAUACUAUAUAAGCAAGCUCGUUUGUUUAGCUCUGUAAUAUAGAUAUAUAACAAUAUUUCAUUUUUACGUAUGUAUUUUUUAGGCUGGAGAGUGGCUUGACUUUUUGUGGUUCAGUAUUAGAGUUAACUGCAAUUUCAGUGUAAGAGUCACUUCAAAACAAACAGGAAAGAGAGAGAGAGAGAGAGAGAGAAACUCUUACUGAAGUUCCCGUUUCUGUGUCAGUUAACAUAAUUGUAAAUAAAAGAGUGAAUUGAUGCCUUAA